AUGGCUGCUUUUAAGAAACUUGUGCGCUUUUUUGAUGGUGCUCGGGUUCACUAUGGUGACCUGCUUGGUGUCGCUGAAAACAUCUAUACUGUUCGAAGGUUGGAAGGGAAUGACUUUUCCCAGUUGAAAACGACAGAGGACAUCCACGAUGUGACCACGCUGUUGUGCCCGAUUGAAAGCACCUCAAUUGUCCUUUGCAUUGGACUCAACUAUAAGAAGCACGCGCAAGAGGCAAAUCUCCAAGUACCCAAGUACCCUACUGUGUUCAUUAAGCCUGCAGAUGCACUUGCUGGCCCCUUUGAAGCCAUUGAUAUCCACCCUGACGCGCGAGAGAUGCUCGACUACGAAGGCGAACUAACGGUCGUGAUAUCCCGAGAUGCAAAGAAUGUCUCUGAAGAAGAUGCGCUAGACUAUGUCUUGGGUUAUACCGCUGGAAAUGAUGUGUCCGCGCGCCACUUUCAACUUCCUGCCGAUGUAUCUGGAGGCCAAUUCUGCUAUGCCAAAUCCUUUGACAAGUUUGCUCCCAUCGGUCACACCAUUGUCUCCGCACAAGAGAUUCCAGACCCACAGGAUCUACAACUGAGAACCAAGGUCAACGGUGUCGUCAAGCAAGAGACUAGCACAGGAGACAUGAUCUAUACUAUUCGGCAGAUCAUCAGUCAUCUCUCGCGGGGAACAACUAUUCGCAAGGGAACACUCAUUAUGACGGGUACUCCUUCUGGAGUGGGACUAUUUAGAAAAGAGUUCUUGAAGCAUGAUGAUAUUGUUGAGGUGGAGAUUGAUGGGGUUGCAGCGACCAAAAAUCGGAUCCACUAUAGUUGA